UGAUCCUUGAAACAAAAUUGGGCGCCAGCGACAUCCUUCCACCGCCAUGGCUGCCACGGACGCCUUUGCCCAGAUCGAUGCCAACAACGAUGGCAUGAUCAGCCGUGAGGAGUUCAACGCAAUGAUGAUGGGUGCAGUGGCACAACCCACUUACACUACUGGGCAGCCGAUGACCUAUGCUGCAGGGCAGCCAAUGACCUACACCACUGAGCAGCCAAUGGCGUAUGCAGGGCAGACCAUGACCUACGGAUCUGCUCCCAUGAUUUACACUGCACCACCAGUGUACGUAACUGCCCCAGCUGCGACCACGGAAAUGGCACCUGCAGCAUAUGCAGCCCCUCAGCCGGCUCCAGUGACUGCAACUUACACUGCACCGCCAGUGUACAUCACAGCUCCUGCAGCCACGACUGAAAUGGCACCAGCAUAUGCAGCCGCACAGCCAGCUCCUGUGACCGCAACUUACACUGCGCCACCUGUCUACGUGACAGCUCCUAUGGCCAGCACCGAAGCUGCCCCAGCAGGGACAGUGAGCUCAGUGUCCCAGCCAAUGACCUAUGCAGCAGCCCCUCAGGGAGCACCUCCAGUCACUGCGACGUACACUGCACCCCCAGUGUACAUCACUGCUCCAGCAGCAACCACUGAGGCUGCCCCAGCAGCGACCAGCUCAGUGACCACUGGCACCCCAGUGACUGCUUACACUUCGGCCCCGCAGCCUGUUCCCGUGACUGCAACCUACACUGCUGACCCAGUGUACCUGACCGCACCUGCAGUCACCACCACGACAAUGCUUGCGAUGAGCAGCUCUGCUGCGAUCCCUCAGACUAUCUCCUCAGCAGCUGCGAUCCAGCCGAUGACCAGCUAUGCGGCGCCCAUGAUCUAUGCGGCUCCUGCUGCAGCCCCAGAACCAGUGCCACAGCCCAUGAUCUAUGCUGCUCCUGCCGCAGCACCAGAACCAGUGCCGCAGCCCAUGACAUAUGCCGCACCAGCCGCAGUUCCUGAGCCAGCACCCCAGCCCAUGAUCUACGCUGCUCCCGCUGCAGCUCCAGAGCCAGUGCCACAGCCAAUGACAUAUGCCCCUAUGAUCUACGCCGCUCCUGCUGGGGCUGCUCCUAUGACCUACACUGCAGCGCCACAGUACAUUGAUGCUGCACCAAUCACCACCACAGGGGGCUCUGCUGCGGCAGCACAGCCAGUGAUGUCCCAGCCAAUGAUGUAUGCCCCUCCCGAGACAGCAUUCACUGUGCCCCAAGGGGCACCGGCUCCAGAGUACAUGACCUAUGCUUCGGUCCCAAUGCAAUACACUGCUCCGGUUCAGUAUGUGACAGCUGACCCCAUUCAGUAUGGUGCUCCAAUCACAAGUGCUCCGAUGGUGUACUCUUCUGCGCCAGUGCAGUACUCCACUGCCCCGAUGGUGUACACCUCUGCCCCAGUGCAGUAUGCAGCUCCUGGAACAGUGGCACGGCUUUGGACACCAAUGGUGAUGGAAUCUUGUCUCGUGAAGAGUUUGCGGCAGGGAUGCGCUGAGGACCUCAGACCCAAAAGAGUGCAGCAACAUUCCUAUGCUGCAGCUGAUAUUUCUUUGGAACUGAAGCGCAUAGUCUUGAACCUGGCGACCGAGCAUCAGGACUCAAAGACGCGUGCGGCUGUGCUGCUCCCGCGCGCUCUUGACAGAUGGCUGCUCGUGACGUCGGCCAUUGGGCCAUUGAUUUUGCCUAUGCAUUUUGCCAAUCUGCAUAUCUCGGCCAAUGAAGCGAUGUUGGUUGAACAAGAGGGACAUGGGACAGCACAACAGGGCCAUGUCUGGCAGCUGUUUUCGAGUUCCAGACUGGUGAGUGCAGAUGCCUUUGCCCAGAUUGAUGCCAACAAUGAUGGUGUGAUCAGCCGAGAGGAGUUCAACGCAAUGAUGACUGGAACCGUGGCACAGGGCGCGACCACCUACGCCACGGGGCAGCCAAUGACCUACACUACGGGACAGCCGAUGGCCUAUGCCGGGCAGACCAUGACCUACGGCUCUUCUCCCAUGAUUUACACUGCACCACCAGUGUAUGUGACUGCCCCAGCUGCGACCACGGAAAUGGCACCAGCAGCAUAUGCAGCCCCUCAGCCGGCUCCAGUGACUGCAACUUACACUGCACCGCCAGUGUACAUCACAGCUCCUGCAGCCACGACUGAAAUGGCACCAGCAUAUGCAGCCCCACAGCCAGCUCCUGUGACCGCAACUUACACUGCGCCACCUGUCUACGUGACAGCUCCUAUGGCCAGCACCGAAGCUGCCCCAGCAGGGACAGUGAGCUCAGUGUCCCAGCCAAUGACCUAUGCAGCAGCCCCUCAGGGAGCACCUCCAGUCACUGCGACGUACACUGCACCCCCAGUGUACAUCACUGCUCCAGCAGCAACCACUGAGGCUGCCCCAGCAGCGACAAGCUCAGUGACCACUGGCACCCCAGUGACUGCUUACACUUCGGCCCCGCAGCCUGUUCCCGUGACUGCAACCUACACUGCUGACCCAGUGUACCUGACCGCACCUGCAGUCACCACCACGACAAUGCCUGCGAUGAGCAGCUCUGCUGCGAUCCCUCAGACUAUCUCCUCAGCAGCUGCGAUCCAGCCGAUGACCAGCUAUGCGGCGCCCAUGAUCUAUGCGGCUCCUGCUGCAGCCCCAGAACCAGUGCCACAGCCCAUGAUCUAUGCUGCUCCUGCCGCAGCACCAGAACCAGUGCCGCAGCCCAUGACAUAUGCCGCACCAGCCGCAGUUCCUGAGCCAGCACCCCAGCCCAUGAUCUACGCUGCUCCCGCUGCAGCUCCAGAGCCAGUGCCACAGCCAAUGACAUAUGCCGCCCCUGCAGCAGUGCCCGAGCCAGCACCGCUGCCAAUGACAUACGCUGCACCUGCAGCAGUGCCUGAGCCAGCACCGCUGCCAAUGACAUACGCUGCACCUGCAGCAGUGCCUGAGCCAGCACCGCAGCCAAUGAUUUAUGCUGCUCCUGUGGGGGGAGCCGAGCCAGCGCCAGCUGUGGAACAGCCUAUGAUCUACGCCGCUCCUGCUGGGGCUGCUCCUAUGACCUACACUGCAGCGCCACAGUACAUUGAUGCUGCACCAAUCACCACCACAGGGGGCUCUGCUGCGGCAGCACAGCCAGUGAUGUCCCAGCCAAUGAUGUAUGCCCCUCCAGAGUACAUGACAUAUGCGUCAGCACCAAUGCAAUACUCUGCUCCACUUCAGUAUGUUCCUGCUGACCCCAUCUACACUACUGCUCCCGACUAUGCCGCGGCUCCUAUGACUUAUGCUGCGGCCCCAAUGACCUAUUCCGCACCAGUGCAGUACACCACGGCGCCCAUGAUGUACUCUGCCCCAGUGCAGUAUGUGACCCCCGGAACAACAGUGGAUGCAUUCGCACAGUUGGACACCAAUGGUGAUGGAACCUUGUCCCGCGAAGAGUUUGCGGCAGCCAUGCGCUGA